AGAAAGGAAAAUCGCGAUUGAUUAACCGAUAAAAAACGCGAGUCGCGUAGCGAUUAAUAGCAAAUAUAUAGAAAAACUCGCGUUUCAUCGCGACUUUAUAGCGAUCACGAAAUUAGCAAGAAAUUUUCGUUAGCCUAUAAGUGAUCGCGUUACGCGUUCGCUCCGCGACUUCAUCGCGAUAGUCGACAUCGGAUUACAAAAAUUUUUCCUUUUACUUUCUGUAGCUCUGAGGUGACAAUGAACAUUUUGGGCUUUUCUUGUAAACUGGGGGAGAACGGCUAUCGUAUUCGGAAUCAGCAUGAUCGAUUACCUAUAACAUACUACAUUUCGUUAAAAAAACGAAGGGACAUUUGUAGAGGUUUCCUCAAACUCAAGAUGAAUUUCACUCUCUGCUGAAAUGAAACGUUUGUCCUUUAUUGCCUGUAGUUUGACUAAUUUAUUAUAUAUAAUUUGAAUUUAUUUGAUCAACUAACACAUAGGGUAUUUUCUUUACUUGUCACUAUCCUUGUUCAAUGGCUGAUCGCACUGAUUUCUAAUUAAGUGAUUAAAUUCUAGAAAAUUCCAGCUGUUCAUGCAUACACAGAAUCAACUCUUUAACAGUAGAUAAUGUUACUGAAAAAAAUGAAUAAAAUCAACGCUUUUUCUUCUCAGUGCCAUUCCGUCCAAAGAUUCAAGAAAAAAAGAAAAGAGACAGAACUAUUCUUUGGCAGAUAUUAAAAUUAUUUUUUCUUUCAUAUGUAGGUAACAGCUUUUUGUGACAGUAUAAUUCAGACCAUGAGAUGAAUAACAACGGAUCAUUAAGAACAAGCAUAAAAAAAAUAAUAAAAAGGGAAAACGGCAAGUAAGAAGAAAAAAACGAAGAAUUGAGAAAAUAUUCAUUCGAUAGUUUAACGACAAAGACAUUAGUUAAACUAAUUUAUUGCUGGCAGAAGUGUCUAUCAUUUACAAUCUGGUUCGCGUAUUCAUCGUCCCUGUUUUAUUUUGAUUUCGUCUUUCAAAAUAAUUGUGACAAAUAUGGCAGCAUUUAUUCAUCAGCAACAACCAGUUCAAUCGUGAGUUCACAAAUUAGUCAAGAAGUGUUCAAUUUUUUGAUGAUGAUCGUUUUUCUCUAGAUCUGUAUUUAAGUUGAAACAAGAAGAAGCGUGUAAGACGAGUUUAUACAAAUUAUGACAAAUCAUAAUGUAAUGUGUUAUUUUCAGCUGAACACAAAACUCCAUCAAAUACGAUUGUUCAACAACCAAGGAUGGAACAACGUGAAAAUUUUCCUAAAGGUUUAAGUGGUGGUGGUGUUUGUUUUGAUUGGUAA